GUUGAUACCUGGACUGUCUUAUAAAAGGUACAGUUCCGUUUGUAAUUGCACAUUUCGCAGAUAGACACCAAUCAUCAUGAUGAUUCACUGUAUUCGAUUGUUUGUAUUGUUUUUUGUGUUUUAUGUAGUAAAGGGCAAUAACGAUUAUUGUUCGUUAAGAUGUGGUCGUGAUGAACAUACUGUUUGCCGUAGAAGAAAUGUGCAAUGUGGUCCCGGCCCACAAUGUAGCUCAAACUUCCGACCGAUACACCUUACUGAUGACGACAGAAGAUAUAUUCUACAUCUUCACAACACUCUUAGAAAUAAAGUCGCCACUGGACAAGAAAAACGAGGAAAUCAACCUCCAGCGUCAAAUAUGAAGGCUUUGAGUUACAACAGAGAACUAGAAAACAUUGCACAAUGUUUGACGAACACAUGUAACUUCGCCCACGACAAAUGCAGACGCACUGCCCAAUGGUCAUGGGUAGGACAAAAUUUAGGCAUAAGAUGGACCAAAGGAUACGUUGAAAACGUUAGAUCGGUUAUCACUGAUGUAAUUAAUUCCUGGUAUAAUGAAGUUAAGGACUUUAGAUCUUCGGGUGUUUCACAAUAUGGAUUUAACGCCAGAGUGGGCCACUAUACGCAACAAGUAUGGGCAAAUACAGACCACAUCGGAUGUGCUAUCACCUUCUUUGUAAAUUCUGACGGUUGGAACACCCAUCUAAUGGCUUGCAAUUACGGACCAGGGGGUAACUAUCGAGGACAGGCGAUUUAUCAACAAGGUUCACCGACAUCAAACUGCGGAGGACUGCCAGUCAACAGUAGAUAUCGUGGACUGUGUGGAAAUGAUUACCUUUAAGUAGAAAAUGUAAUUUGUUCAUUUUUAUUUGUUAUUGUUAAUAUAACAAGAGACGUCUAUCGUAAUUUCGUACUUUUAUAACAUAAAGCCUUAUUAAAAUGUUUUAA